UACCAUUUCAUCUCCUUUCUAUCUUCAACGACACUAAGAUGCUGCAGGGACUCGUGUGGCUGGCCAGCUUGGCCUUGUGUCUGGCUGAGCUGCCCAUAUCCCCGUCUUAUGGUACUCCACCACUUCCAGUUUACGGUCCACCUCGCCCAGUUUACGGUCCUCCUCGCCCAGUUUACGGUCCACCACCUGCACCAUGCUACCCUGAGACCAAAUAUGUUACUAAAGUUCAGACUAACAUCCAACAGGUACCCGUGUACACGACUGUUUACCAGACGCAGGUGGUACCUACUACCUUGUACCAGACGCAGUAUCAGACGGUGUACAAGACACAGUACCAAACGCAGUUUGUGCCACAGUACGUCACCGAAACAGACAUCCAGGUGCAGUAUGUGACGCAGACGGAGUAUGUCAACCGCUACAUUACAUCCUAUGUCAAGCAGUACGUCACCCAGACAGCCUAUGAAACUCGGUACCUAACACAGAUAGCCUACCAGACCCAGUACGUCACAAAAACUCAAAUUCAGUACGAAACUAAGAUUCAGUACACCCCAAGUUACGUAACUAAGGUUAAUUAUGUGACAGAGACCGCCUACCUCACCAAGGUGAUACCUCAGUACACCACCGUCGUCAAGAAGGAGACUAACUAUGUCACCUACUGCCCCCCACCUCCACCAGCCUACGGUCCCCCACCUGCUCCUACCUACGGCGCCCCACCUGCUCCUGUCUACGGCGCCCCAGAAGUCUUGCCUUCCUACGGACAGUAAGAACCAGUAUUACGCAGGCUACUGACGAACAUACCUAGUAAAACGCACGGAGAUGGAUACAGUUGUGUCCAUGGAAGAUGAUGUUAAUCAUAGAUCACUUCUGGAACAACAGACGCACUCUGGUUGCGCACUUCAACACUAAAACAGAGUCCUUCAAUGUGUUCACUCAUUCUGUAUAAAUAUAUUAACAAUGUUUGAGGCACAAGAAGUGACCAAGUGAUGGGCAGCCGUCGUACUCAGGAUGGAUGGAAUUUAUUACAAAAGAAGUGAACAAUACAAGGCAGAGGUUGGGGUCAACGGAGCGACUCGGAAUCUCGGCAGUGUUCCAGGAAAUUUAGCAUCAAAAUAUUUUCGUUUUUUUCUUUUUAUAAGAACGAAUAAUUAAUUUUAAGCUGGCCUCUUUCGCACACAAAUAAAUUGUAAUUAGUGUUUAUUUCGCAAACUUUUUUCAGGUCAAGAUAUAUAUGUAUAA